UUCAAAAUAUGCAAUCUGAAAUGAGCGUUCAUUAAACGAGUAUGAUAUUACAGCUGAAGAGCACAAUAGCAAAGCAAACGAUACAACAAAUUCAAGCAAACAGAGUUCAUCAUUUUCCACUAAUACAAAGCUGUUACGCGUCCUAAAUCUUUCAACCUCUGCCCAUAAUUCAACUCAUUCCCCUGAAAAAGAAAAGGGGAAAAAAGGAAGAGCAGUGCAUGCAUGUAAUGUAAAGCCCGCCACGAUCUCCAGAUGGAGUUAGCUGAUUGGUUCCAUGUAAAACAACAAAUUAUUAAGCGGGCCGGGGUCCUCCUAUUGUAUAUUUGUCUUGUGUGUACUUUAUGGGUGUGUUUGGUUCGCCUCUAAUGAACCCUUAUGAAUUGUAAUUACAUGUUUUAUUUUAAUUUUAUCGGAUAAUAAUCAGCCCCUUGAUUAACGGGUGCCUUUCAGUUUCUUUUUGUUUGUCAAUAUUUGGGAUUUUGCCGAUUUGGUUGUGGGCCGUGGGGUGUAUGGGAGAUGGCUCAUAACAGUUGACUACCAGCUAAGCCCCUCGUUCCACUCAUGUUGGGCUUAAUCAAAAUCUAUGGUUUGGUAAGGAUAGCACUUAUGUGGUUGAUCAUGCUUGCCGCUCUAAAUUGAGAGUAUCCACAUAGCCUGACUUUUCCCAAUUGCAUUGUGACGCGAAUAGGAGUUUCUCAAAUUACAAACCCAAUUUCACCGAUGUGGGAAGUUGUGCAAUUAUACAAGCUUUCACGCUAUGAAAGUCAAAUUUCAAUGCCACGUAGAUCAAUGGUGGGUUUGUUCUUGUUUUUUUUUUUUGGUGUAUUUUUUAAUGUUGUUUAAAUACCUCAAAAUAUUUUCGAAGCAAAUAAACACAAGGAGUUAAGAUCUCAACGAUGAAACACAAGGAGUUUAGAUGGGCCGAGAGCUAUUAGCAGCGUUGCCAGCGUAUGUUCUGUUAAGGAAAAGAAAGCUGGGCUGGCAGGAACCGCCAGGACGAGGGAGUUUCCAAGAUUGAAACUAUAAUGUGAAGAGUAGAAUGAAGAUCCGUUUAUUAUUGGGCCAAUUCCUUAAGAGCCAACACAAAUUGUGUGUGACGUACACUCUCACUCGGCUAUGGCUUAAACAUCGGUGACCCAAUUUGAAAUCUGCUUACUGACGCUCAAUUUGGUAUAGUAUAUAUAUUAUUGGUACAAAUGGAUAAAUCAUGAUUAAAUCAUCAAAGUUUUCAAACAAAAGAUCCUACAAUUAAUUUAUAUAACAUAUUAUGUGAUAAGAUUUUAUAAUAUUUGGAGCUAUCCAGGAGCGAAUGCCUAAACCGAUGGUGCGAUGGGAGAGACCGGAGAGGGGAACUUUGAACGUGAAUGUGGAUGCGGCAAAGCUGAAGGAUGGAGGUACAAGGAUGGGGAUGGUAAUUCGUGAUGAGGAAGGGAAGUUUGUUCUAACGGCAGUGUGGGGGAUGAGGAUCGAUGGGACCCGGAAAUGGCUGAAGCCCAGGCAUUCUUGUGGGCGAUGAAACUGGAUCGCGUGCAUGUGCAAAGGCCGAUUUUGAUGGAACGGGACUUUCAAUCGUUGAUCUAAAAGCUCAAUCAGGAUGGUCUGAUUGAAACGGAAUUGGGGAGGGUGGUGGAGGAAAUCAGAGAAUUAUGUCUGGAGAUGGGUGACGUUCGAUGGAGGUUUUGAGGGGAAACGACAACAUAGUUGCCCAUGAGAUGACGAGGAUAGCUUGCAGAUGGGAGGAGAUGGCAAUGUGGUUUGAGAGGCCUCCUGCUUUUAUUUAUUUAUUUAUUUCAUCCUUAGUGAAUACUGCAAUGACGUUUUACCUAGCUAAAUAAAACAUACAGAUUUUGUUAUAUAAAAAACGUGUUCAUAGAUAUAUAAGGUCAUAGGUGUAUUCAUCUAACAAAUGUGGAAUCGUGUGGUCUAUCCAACAACCUCGCAUUUUGUUGAGUACAUUCUCAUAAAUAGGUUGUGAACAUUUUAGCAAAAUUGGUAUAGCCUACCCUACAACAUUUUGCUUGUAAAUAAUGGAGUUUUGAUGUUGAAGUGAUUCCUUCUCAGUGAUGAGCAUUUAAUUGGCACAGUGUGAUUAAAUUCCAAAACCCGUCUGAUGAGCUGCCUGGGCAAAAACACAUGGUCUCCAAUAAUUAUAAUUAUGGACUUAAUUGGACUGAUUAGAUCGGGAAGAAACAUGAUAUAUAAUUUAGGUACUGUAUGUAGAAGAUCCACCUGACAUGGCAACUGAAGAAAGCAAAUAUAAUUAGUGUUAUAAGAUUCGGCUGGAAUAUUUUGUUGAAAGAAAUACUAUUUUUUUUUUUUUGCAGACUAGUUUAAAGGGGUGAAAUAUGUCAUCAUAUUCUCUCAAUGUCUAAGAAAUUACUUCACCCCCUAGCUAAUUCCUUCUCCUAGUGGAACUAAGGUAAGGUAAAAAGAAAAAAAGUUAAUUAUCCAUGUAUAUAUCAUGUCAUUUUGACAAACACAUUUUUGUAUUAUUGUUUUGAACAAAAUUUGAUAACGGUUCGCAUAAACUUACGUUUUGAUGAGUCUUGAAGUUAGACAAUGUCAAAACACCUUGUUAGUGAUUCAGUAGCGAGUUAGGCAUUUAAAAUGCAACGGCGGAGUAAUUCGACAGCUAGGCCUAGACGUAUAUUUAGACGGAGUUAGGGAAUCAUUAAAAAGUAGAAAAUUAACAUUAUCUACUAACUCAAUAUUUUCAAUAGCUCAAAAACCAUAGCUCUCAUAUUGUUAAAUUGUUAAUCAUUUGAGCUUAUACGUAACACCUUCUUGAACCUUGAUUCUAGUACUUUGUCAUAGUUUGAUUUGACUUAGAGCAAGAUCAGGUAGCCAUCCACUCGCAGUUCCACGAUACUCAUGCAGGGACUAAAUGGGUAAUGUAUGACUAACGAGUCGAUUAAUCAAAUUACUUUACGACA